AUGCUGCACGGAAAAAACAUACAACGUCUUCUGAAGGAGACAUUGGGAGCCGUUUCGACCAUGGGCUCGGAGAAUGAGCCACUUUACUCAUCUAUACUGCUGUCAGGAAUAAAUGGGAGCAUAAUAUCAUAUGCCAACAGUGACGGAACACCCACAUCGUACAACAAAUCCGGGAAUAACCUCAAAAUGAUGGCGUUGCUGAUACGCGACAAAUGGAACGAGGACGAGCAGGACGCCAAUGCGCGAAAGACGGCCAGCUGUUACACUUGCGAACUGGCAGAUGGCUCGGAGUCGACUCACAUAUACACUUAUGAGCUGGAGGACCUGCACGCAUGUGUGGCACAAAUUCCACGGAGCGAUCUACUAUUGCUGUUUGUCGCGAGCGGCAAAUACCCGUACGGGCUGGAGGUUCUCAAAAUGAAAUCUGGUUUGAAGGCGUUUUCGGGCAUGUACGGUUACAAAUUGAAUUGA